GAAGUAGCGUCAAAUGACGCACAGGACGAACACGAAUACCAAAAUUCAAAUUUUAACACAGCUGGACGAACUCUGCUAAUAAACAGUCAUCGUUGUGCUAUACGCCAUCACCGACCGCGACUUUCUGUCUUAUCUUACCGUCUUUUAUCAAAGAAAAGCAGACUUUGUUGCACGAGCGACCGUAGUGUAAUAAACAGAUGUUCGAUUGUGUUAGCCUGUUGCUAACGCUAGUGAAGGUGAGCUAAAUUCAACUUUGGCCCAGUCCUGGUGAAGCUGGGAUGUUGUCUGCUGUCGUCAGAUCAGCUCUUAACAAACACAGGGCCUUAUGGAUGCCUGCUCACUCUGCUGUCAGAGCGAUGUCAUCUUCAGCUGGUCCCACCUCUCCGUACACCACCCUGGCCAUCAGUCACCCUGCAGAGAACAUCACGCAUGUGGAGCUUCACCGUCCAGAGAAAAUCAACGCCAUGAACAAAGCCUUCUGGAGAGAGAUGGUGGAGUGCUUUAAUGAGAUUUCCUCAGACCCAGACUGUAGAGUGGUGCUGGUUUCUGCGGCAGGAAAGAUCUUCACAGCCGGUGUCGACCUGAUGGACUUGAGCGGUGAAAUUCUUCAGCCCAAGGGUGACGAUGUAGCAAGAAUUUCCUGGAACCUCCGACAAAUUAUCGUGAAAUUUCAAGAAACUUUUUCUGUCAUUGAAAAGUGUCCCAAACCUGUGGUGGUGGCCGUCCACGGAGCCUGCAUCGGAGGAGGUGUGGACCUGAUCACAGCCUGUGACAUCCGUCUGUGUUCUCAGGACGCCUGGUUCCAGGUGAAGGAAGUGGACAUUGGACUUGCAGCAGACGUUGGGACUCUUCAGAGACUUCCUAAAGUCAUCGGCAGCCGCAGUUUAGUGAACGAGUUGGCUCUGACAGCGAGGAAGAUGUUUGCAGAUGAAGCCAAGAGCUGUGGACUGGUCAGCCGAGUCUUUCCAGACAAGGAGGCCAUGAUGGCUGCAGCUCUGGAGCUAGCUGCAGAAAUUGCUGCUCGCAGCCCUGUCGCAGUGCAAGGAACCAAAGCCAACCUCAUCUACUCCAGGGACCACAGUGUGGACGAGGGGCUGAACUACAUGGCCACAUGGAACAUGAGCAUGCUCCAGACACAAGAUCUGAUUAAAUCUGCCCAGGCUGCCAUGGAGAAGAAGAGCCCCAAAGCUGUAACGUUCUCCAAACUCUAAAAACCAGAGCGACACUUUUUCCCUCCACUGUGGCCUUUAUGUGGGCAGAAGAACCAUUUUUGUCUUCUCUUACACAGACAUCCUAACACCAAAAUAGUCUGGAGGGACACACAGCUGUAAUCUGAGAGGUUUGUUUUUAAUUAGACCACAGUCAGGUGAUCUCAGACUGUUAACCUUAGACAUUGGGAUCCAAAGCUCAUCUGGUGGUCACUAGUAGGAACAUUAAAGUGAUAGUGGGUAAUAUGUAUUGAUGGUUGAGGUACUGGCUGUGAUGUUAGACAAUGCUUUUCGUAGUUUGUAAAGUCCUGGUUCGAGCUGAUUGUUGGUCUGUGUUGAAUUCUUGUUUUCUUUGUGUAUGUUUCAGCCACGUGCAGAUUGGAAUUUAGGGCAAAAGGCUUUACUGUGAUCGACCUUAAGCUGACGUCACAACUCCCACUUUAACGCUUCAAUGAAAAGGUAAAAACUUACCACUGAGUCAAACAUUUGUAGCCAGUUAAAGUGCAGAUUAUUUACUGUUGGACCAAGGCGUGUUGAAGGUCUCAGUAUGAUCAGUGUGUGACCUGUUGUAAAGUUUAUCUAGUAAGAAGCAGAAGUCUAUUCUUCCUUCAGGCUUCGCUGGCCUUUGUAGACAAAGGUACAACAGUCAGUGUCAAAUGUGAGCCAUUUGUAUUUACAGCUAAACCUGUUAAACUUGAGCCUUUUUAACUUAUUCUAAUUUGUUGAGUGUACCCUUGUGUGGUCCUUCGCAUUGUUGUACACACCGUUUGUCCCAGAAUAUGAGUAAUAAUGAAUAUGAGGAGUUGGCACAAGUCGUGCAGUACAGGAACAUGUGCAUGCACGCACGUGCACACGCACGUGCACAGACACAAAGACAGAUGUGUCACCUAGACCCGAAGGACCGCACAAGGGUUAAACAUUAGACAUGAAUGUUUUAGGAUGGAACCAAGGAUUAGUGUUGAAUACAACAGGAUUCAAAUAACUUAAAAUCUUUAUUGGCAAACUUUAAAAAUGUACAAAAAUAAAUAAAAAUCUAAUAAUUAAA